AUGAUUGCUGACGUAACGAAGCGACUGUCUUUGAUGUGGGGUACUGUAGACGGCAGCGGCGACGGCCGAAGUCGAUUAAUGUUUGACAGCUACUACUUCUCGAUGUGCUUAGCACAGCUAUCGAAUGGAAUAUGA